AUGGAGAGAAGUGAGGAGAGAGACGGCAGUGACGGGCCGGCGGCGGGAGGGCAGGAGCAGAGCAGUGGGGCACCGGGUCUGGCCCUGAAGAGGGAGAUUGGCCUGUGGAGUGCCGUGUCCAUGACCGCGGGCUGUAUGAUUGGCUCUGGCAUCUUCAUGUCCCCACAGGGGGUCUUGGUUUACAUGGGCAGUCCCGGAGCCAGUCUCGUUGUCUGGGCGACGUGUGGCCUCCUGGCCAUGAUGGGCGCCCUGUGCUAUGCUGAACUGGGCAGCCUGGUUCCUGAAUCUGGGGGAGACUAUGCCUACAUUUUGCGAACCUUUGGCUCUUUGCCGGCCUUCCUGGUUAUCUACACAUUUGUUCUGGUGGCCAAACCAGCUGCCAUCACCGCCGUCUCUCUGAGUUUCGCCGAGUAUGCACUGGCUCCCUUUUACCCAGCCUGCGCCUCGCUCCCUCAGAUCAUGGUCAAGAUCGUUGCUUCUUCCUGCAUCCUGUUGCUGCUGCUGAUCAACUUCUGGAGCUCACGGAUGUCCACGGUGGUGAUGAACGUGUGCACAGCCGCCAAAGUGUUCUCCCUGCUUGUCAUCGUGGUGGGUGGGGCCGUGGUGCUGGCUCAGGGCCGCAGUCGUACAGAAUCCCUGCCGUUCACCUUCCACAACACAACCCAGCAGGCAGGGCGCAUUGGCAUGGCUUUCUACCAGGGCCUGUGGUCCUUUGAUGGCUGGAAUAACAUCAACAUGGUGGUAGAGGAGCUCAAGAACCCAAAGCGGAAUCUAGUGUGGGCAGUGAUGAUUGCCAUCCCCCUGGUCACCAUCCUGUACGUCCUGGUCAAUAUCAGUUACCUGCUGGUUAUGUCGCCCUUGGAGAUCCUCUCCUCUGAUGCCAUGGCUGUGAGCUGGGGGAACCAGGUUCUGGGGUCCUGGGCCUGGCUGGUGCCCUUGGCCGUUGCGCUUUCGACAUUUGGUACCGUCAAUGGGUCGUUCUUCAGCGGCAGCCGUUUGUGCUACGCAGCUGCCAGAGAAGGUCACAUGCCCCAGCUUAUGUCCAUGAUUCAUGUGCACCGACUGACACCAGCCCCAGCCAUGGUCUUCACCACAGCUGUGGCUUUGGUCCUGCUCAUUCCAGGCGACUUCGGCACCUUCGUCAACCUCUUGAGCUUCCUCUCCUGGCUCACCUCUGGAACCACCUUUGGCUGUCUCCUGUACUUGCGAAUAAAGACAAAGAAUCUUCCCCACACUUACAAGGUCCCCACCUUCAUUCCCGCCGUCAUGCUCCUGGUAUCUCUCUACCUGGUGCUGGCACCCGUCAUCGACCACCCCCAGGCAGAAUUCCUGUACAUCUUCUGCUUCCUGCUCAGUGGCUUCCUGGUGUAUUUCCUGCUUUUCCACUUCCGGUGUCAGUCCAAGUGCAUGCAAGCGGCCACGACGCAUCUCCAGCUGCUCCUGGAAGUCGCUCCAACCACUAAAGGUCAUUGACUGGAUGGUCAGAGGAGUCCCGCACUGUCCUCUUCACUGUCCCCGCUGGUCCUCUGUACACCAACUAGGUAUCAUUCCAGUAAGCACUUAGUGCCACACAGUACAGCUGCUUUGAGGUUUGGGAAUAUCUACUGGGACAUUAUCCCAUUUCCCUAAAACCUAUUCCUUUGAAACAAGUACCACUUUGUUUCACAAAGGAACCCUCUGGUUACAAAUAGACAUUUAGUUGCUGUUUGUAGCCCAAUUAGACAGCAUGGAAUGAGUCCCUUCCUUGGGUUUCUGCCAUUGGAAUUCUAUAGUCUUAUUGGACAUUGCUCAAGCUGAAGAGUUGCACAUCUCGGGAUUUAUAUGGGACCACUUGUAUCAAGUGGGCAGAGAAGUAGAGAAAGGCAGAAUGGCAAGAAGAAUGAGGAUGAUACAUGCUUAGACAUGCUUUAAAAAAGACUUGGUGCUGAAGGGGAGGGGGUAGGAGCUGAAAGCGUAGUUUUGAUCCCUGUGGUCCAACGGCCACUUGAUGGUAUUUCUUGAGUUUUAUGUCUUCCUCCUCCUCCUCCUUUUUUUCUAUUUUGUGAACCUAGAGAUUAA